AUGUCUGUCAGUGUCGAGUUUGAAGCCGCUAACAAGCAGUAUGCGGCGACAUUUGACAAAGGCAGCCUACCCUUGCCACCAGGACGCAAGGUGGCUGUUGUCGCCUGUAUGGACGCACGACUUGAUCCUGCCAAAGUUUUAGGCCUCUCCGAAGGGGACGCUCACGUCAUUCGGAAUGCUGGUGGCCGGACAAUCGAGGCCCUGCGUUCGGUUGUUAUAUCACAACAGCUGCUCGGGACGAGAGAAAUUGUGAUAUUACAUCAUACCGAUUGCGGAAUGUUGACAUUCUCGGACGACCACCUUCGUACAAAGGUUAGAAAUGAGUUGGGAGAGGAUGUGGACCACAUCUCAUUUCUCCCAUUUGCCGACUUGAAGAAGAGUGUUCUGGAUGACAUCCAAAUCCUAAAAAAGAGUCCACUGGUUCUCGAUGUGCCAAUUUCUGGAUACAUUUAUGAUGUCACCAGUGGGAAGAUCGAGAAGGUUGUCCCUCAGCCAUAG